AUGAUAGCAACCGGUGGAGUGAUAACUGGCCUGGCCGCCUUGAAAAGGCAAGACUCUGCCAGGUCGCAGCAUCAUGUCAGCCUCAGCCCAUCGCCUACUGCCCAAGAGAAGAAACCCGUCAGGCGGCGGCCUCAGGCCGAUGUUGUGGUGGUUCGAGGCAAAAUCCGGCUUUAUUCCCCAUCUGGUUUUUUCCUCAUUUUAGGAGUGCUUAUCUCCAUUGUAGGAAUUGCAAUGGCAGUCCUUGGAUAUUGGCCCCAAAAAGAACAUUUUAUUGAUGCUGAGACGACACUGUCAACCAACGAGACUCAGGUCAUUCGGAACCAAGGUGGUGUGGUGGUCCGUUUCUUUGAGCAACAUCUGCAUUCUGAUAAAAUGAAAAUGCUUGGCCCUUUCACCAUGGGGAUUGGCAUUUUCAUUUUCAUUUGUGCUAAUGCCAUUCUUCAUGAGAACCGUGACAAAGAAACCAAGAUCAUACACAUGAGGGAUAUCUAUUCCACAGUCAUCGACAUCCACACACUGAGGAUCAAGGAGCAAAAGCAUAUGAAUGGCAUCUAUACUGGUUUGAUGGGAGACACAGAAGUAAAGCAGAAUGGGAGCUCCUGUGCCUCGAGACUGGCAGCAAAUACCAUUGCCUCUUUCUCGAGUUUUAGGAGCAGUUUUCGGAUGGACAGCUCUGUCGAGGAGGAUGAGCUUGCGCUAAACGAAAAUAAGAGUUUGGUGCAUCUCAUGCCACCUUUGCUUUCGGACAGCUCCGUCUCUGUCUUUGGCCUCUAUCCACCUCCUUCCAAGGCGACAGAUGGUAAGACCAGUGGCCCUAAGAAAUGUGAAACCAAAUCAAUUGUGUCAUCGUCCAUCAGUGCUUUUACAUUGCCUGUGAUCAAACUUAAUAACUGUGUUAUUGAUGAGCCCAGUAUAGAUAACAUCACUGAAGACGCUGAGAACCUCAAAAGUAGGUCAAGGAAUUUGUCAAUGGAUUCCCUCAUGGUCCCUUUGCCCAAUGCCGGUGAGUCCUUCCAGCCAGUCAGCAUGGUGUUCCCAAGGAAUAAUUCCAUUGGGGAGUCAUUGUCGAGCCAGUACAAGUCCUCUGUGGCCCUCGGACCCGGGGCUGGACAGCUCUUGUCUCCUGGGGCUGCUAGAAGACAGUUUGGAUCCAACACAUCUUUACAUUUGCUCUCGUCACAUUCAAAAUCCUUAGACUUAGACCGGGGUCCCUCUACCCUAACUGUUCAGGCCGAACAACGGAAACACCCAAGUUGGCCUCGGUUGGAUCGAAGCAACAGCAAAGGAUACGUGAAGCUAGAAAAUAAAGAGGACCCCAUGGAGAGGCUGCUUGUGCCCCAAGCUGCGAUCAGAAAAGACUUUACCAAUAAGGAGAAGCUUCUCAUGAUUUCAAGAUCUCACAACAAUUUGAGUUUUGAACAUGAUGAGUUUUUGAGUAACAACCUAAAGCGGGGAACUUCUGAAACGAGGUUUUAAUGUUCAAAAAUGUAUCAUUUUCAAAGGCUGUAUGUUUUAAAACUAUUUUCACCAGUGUUUCCAUGUUAAAGUAUGGGCUAUGAGCCUUUUUAAUCAAAUAGUCUGUAGUGGGUUAGACCUGGUUGCUUACUUCCGUGGUGGAGAUGGCUGUAUGUUUGGGUUACUUAUGCUUGCAGGACUUUCUAUGAUCACACAUGAUUUUAUACUCUCCCUUCCUUUGAAAGCAGUAUCUCUUCUAUCAGUAUGAACAGAGAACACUUCCAUCUCUACUAAAACUCCC